UGUCAUGCUGAAUAGGUUAUUGUGCAGAACUGCAAGAAGGAAAAUGUGACAAACAUCGGAUGCUGUUUAAUAAACCAUUAAAUUAUAUUUUUUUGGUUAAAACCACUGACCCAGUAUAUUCAUCAGCACACAUGAGUGCUUUCAGGCUGCAGCAACUCAAGGAUCAUAUUUUACCUGGAAAUAAGAUCACAGCAAUGGCAGGCCCUGCUAGUCCCCUGACCACCCAUGUGCUGAACACUGCAAUGGGUGUCCCUGGUGCGAACAUGGCCCUCAGUCUCUAUCGACAAGAUCCCUCCACUAGUGCCUGGAGUUUGAUAACCACUGGGAUCACUAAUGCUGAUGGACGGUGCCCAGGACUCAUCACAACACAAAUGUUUACUUCUGGGGUGUACAGAUUGCAUUUUGAUACUGCUCAGUACUGGCAGAGUAUGGGGGAGACCGGCUUCUACCCGUAUGUUGAGAUUGUCUUCACUAUAAAUGACCCAGGCCAAAAGUACCAUGUCCCACUGCUCCUGAGUCGUUUCUCUUAUAGUACAUACAGAGGGAGCUAGAAAUAUCAAGUUUGAUGUCUCAUCACGGGCACAGGCAACACCACCAAGAACAUUCCUCCCAGCACCAGCUGAACUGUUACACCUAUUGACAAGACACUUCAUUUCAAUGAUUCUUCCUUUUAAAUAAUGAUGUGGUACUGUAAUCAAUAUAAUUUUUUGUGAUUACACAAAAAAAAUUCUCAUAUACACUGUACUGGUUAGGAUACCACUGUAGUAAACGCCUAUUUAAGGCAUACAAUGUCUUGAUUAACCUACUAAAUAAAGUGUUUUUUGUCAAAUUUUCUUUCUUUGUUAUUUUGCCAAUAUGCAUGUGAAUCCCCCUGCUAGUGUUUUUUUUCGA